AUGUCAAACGGUCCACCCCAGUCCUUGCCGCCGCCGAUUCACACGGAACACCAGAACAAGGUUGAUGGGAGCUCCGACCCCGUCGCCUCAGAUACACUCCUCCGCAAUGCAGACUUCAACAACGACAUCUCCUUCCCUUACAUCGUCACACAUCCCCAGAUCCAGUUCCGCACAACGACAAUAGCACCCUCCCCGCCCCUGUCCGAGUCCUCCUUUCAGCAACUCGAGCCUCAAUCCACAUUAACCACCAGACCCGGCCCGAGUCCGCUUGUCACAAACAACAACCUGCGAAUCCAGACCGACGACCUGCUCCCGAGCCUGCCUACCCGCUCCGACAACCACCCCGUCUCCGUCUACGCCACGCCUCGCCGACCCAGCGCCGGCCUCACCCACAAGACAUCGUCCUCCAGCCUGAAGCCCGUAUCGAGAACCCCCAGCUUUAAGGCGGCUGUCCACAGUCUCGGCCCCGCCUCGGCCACGAGCUCCUGCCUGCCCAGCCCGAUUCUAUCGGCUAUGAGCGACGUCACCCCGUUGCCCUCGCCUUUAUUAUCAGGAGACUCCCCGGGCCCUUGGAAGCGUCUCGGUGCACGACCACCCUCGCGGGAUAUGCCCAACCCCACCCCAGAUUCCGUGCUGGUCUCAGCAACCGGCGAAUCAAUAGCAGCCGCCCUCGCCAACGCUUCAAAACGCAAGGUCUACGCCGGUCUCGUCACAGAAACCACCGAUGGAUCAGGCGCAAAGGUGACUCUCAACGCCAAGCAGGAGCACGCACGCAACCGCAGUAUCAGCGAGUACAUCCCCGACCCGAAUUACAUACCGAAGCGGCACAUCACCGUCUCUGGCUCCCACGUCAAGCCCGAAGCCCAGGAGUCCGCCACCGAACCCCAUAUGCGCCGCGAGCUUAACCUCGCAGAGUCCAGAGGUUUGACCCCCGCCAUCGCCCAGCCGCCGACCCCACCGCCGAGCGAGUCCUCCAAGGACUCGAGCGACUCCACCAGCAAGCCGAAAACAGCCAUUCCCGAGUAUUUCGAGGCCUUCGACCGCCGCGACAACAAGAGGAGGAGAUGGAGGGCAGUCAAGACCCUGGGCCAGGGCACCUUCAGCCGUGUCAUGCUGGCGACGAGUCAGAUGGACGACGACGACGAUACGUUACAUCCCGACAGCCUCACGCCAAUUUCAGAAACGGGACCGGCCAGAAAGACCCUAGUCGCAGUCAAGGUUUGCGAGCAUGGCCCUAGAGGUGGAGCAAGCGAGGACCGCAUCGAGAUGUCUCUCAAGCGCGAGUUGGAGAUUAUGCAGAGCAUCAGCCAUCCGUCGCUGGUACAUCUCAAGGCGUGGAACAUUGAGCCCAGCCGCGCCAUUCUCGUCCUCGGCCACUGCCCAGGAGGCGACCUUUUCGAUGUCGCUACGGGCCACCGCCAGGUUCUCAAGCCGACGCUGUUGAGGCGGAUGUUUGCAGAACUGGUGGGCGCCGUGAGAUACCUGCAUGAGCGCAGGAUCGUCCACAGGGACAUCAAGCUCGAGAAUGUGCUCGUCAACCUGACAGCACCCGAGCUGGCGGAUCCCUCAACGGACUGGACGACGUACCCGCACUCGGUCAUCACCCUGACGGAUCUUGGCCUGUCCCGGCGCAUCGCCGACGACGAAAAGCUCGAGACCCGCUGCGGGUCGGAGGACUACGCGGCGCCCGAGGUCAUCAUGGGUUUGCCCUACGACGGCCGUGCGACGGACGCCUGGUCCCUGGGCGUUCUGCUCUAUGCCCUUCUCGAAGCCCGCCUGCCGUUCGACCCGUACCCCAACACCAUGGACGGCCACCGCAUGCGCAGCCGCACGAGCCACCGCAUCGCCCGCGCGGAGUGGCGCUGGAUCGAUUACGCCGGAGAAGACGGCGACCACGAAGGCGACGAGGCCAAGUUCAAGGAGCGCGGCCUCCUAGGGGCCAUGGAGAUCACCGAAGGCCUGCUCCAGCGCGCCAGGAGUAGAUGGACGCUCGAGAAGGUUGCAGAGAACGAAUGGGUAAAGGGCGCGAUCCAGGUGGAAGGCGGCAUUCGUUUCCGCGAAGAGGUCGCCGGCGCAGAGGUAUGA